GCGGCUGCUUGUCAGAGAGGCCAUGUACCGGCUCCUGUCUGCAGUGACGGCGCGGGCCGCGACCCACGGCCACUGGGCCCAGGGCUGUGGGAUGCGUGGAGUCCACCAGCGCUCCAGACUGCCGCCGCUCGGCUACGGCUGGGUCGGCGGCCUCGGGCUGGGCCUCGGGCUGGCUCUCGGGGUGAAGCUGGCAGGCGGGCUGAGGGGCGCAACCCCCGUGCCACCUCCCGCCGCCCCCGACUCGGAGACGCCUCCUCAGACUGAGCCGCCGCUGCAGUUGGAGCUCGCUCCGAGCUCCGCGCAGACCCCGGCCACGGCCCUCUCCAGACGCUUCGCCCGAGCCAUCGAGAGCAGCCGCGACCUGCUGCACAGGAUCAAGGAUGAGGUGGGAGCACCUGGCAUAGUGGUUGGAGUUUCUGUGGAUGGAAAAGAAGUCUGGUCGGAAGGUUUAGGUUAUGCUGAUGUUGAGAACCGUGUACCCUGUAAGCCAGAGACAGUUAUGAGAAUUGCCAGCAUCAGCAAGAGUCUCACCAUGGUUGCUCUCGCCAAGUUAUGGGAAGCAGGAAAACUGGAUCUUGAUUUUCCAGUACAACAUUAUGUUCCUGAAUUUCCCGAAAAGGAAUAUGAAGGUGAAAAGGUUUCUGUCACAACACGAUUAUUGAUUUCUCACUUAAGUGGAAUCCGUCACUAUGAAAAGGACAUGAAAAAGGUGAAAGAAGAGAAAGCUUACAAAGCCUUGAAGUUGAUGAAAGAGACGAUGGAAUCCGACCAAGAAAGACAGUUGAAAGAGAAAGGAUGCAAAAAUAAUGAACAUAAUGACUUUUCUAAAGCUAAGGCAGAGCAGGAUGGUGAAGCCAAAGGCCGGAAUGCAAAGCCUGGCAAGAAAAAGAAUGACUUUGAACAAGGCGAAUUAUAUUUGAAAGAAAAGUUUGAAAAUUCAAUUGAAUCCUUGAGACUAUUUAAAAAUGAUCCUUUGUUCUUUAAACCUGGUAGUCAGUUUUUGUAUUCAACUUUUGGCUAUACCUUACUGGCAGCCAUAGUAGAAAGAGCUUCAGGAUAUAAAUAUUUGGACUAUAUGCAGAAAAUAUUCCAUGACUUGGAUAUGCUGACAACUGUGCAGGAAGAGAAUGAGCCAGUGAUUUACAAUAGAGCAAGGUUUUAUGUUUACAAUAAAAAGAGACGUCUUGUCAACACGCCUUACGUGGACAACUCCUAUAAAUGGGCUGGUGGAGGAUUUCUGUCUACCGUAGGCGACCUUCUGAAGUUUGGGAAUGCAAUGCUAUAUGGUUACCAAGUCGGGCUAUUUAAGAACUCAAAUGAAAAUCUUCUACCUGGGUAUCUCAAACCAGAAACCAUGGUUAUGAUUUGGACACCAGUCCCUAACACAGAGAUGUCUUGGGAUAAAGAGGGUAAAUAUGCAAUGGCGUGGGGCGUUGUGGAAAAGAAGCAAACGUACGGUUCUUGCAGGAAGCAGCGACAUUACGCCUCUCACACCGGAGGUGCAGUGGGGGCCAGUAGUGUUCUGCUGGUUCUUCCUGAAGAACUGGAUGGAGAAGCAACAAAUAACAAGGUUCCCCCAAGAGGAGUAAUUGUUUCUAUUAUCUGUAACAUGCAAUCUGUUGGCCUCAAUAGUACUGCUUUAAAGAUUGCUCUGGAAUUUGAUAAAGACAGAUCAGAUUGAUACUUUAAGAUUACAGGUUAAAAAUUAGCUCUAUUACUGGUUUUGAGGGUUUGUUUUUUUAAAAAAAGAUACAAAAAAACCCAAAAUAUUGAAGCCUUUAAAGGCAGAUUUUUAAGACUACAUUUUAAAUAGAGUAUAAUUGAACACAGAGAAUAAUGUAUGGCUAAUUACUUAAUUUUAUAAAUGUAUUUUAUUGUAAGUGUAGUUCUUUAUAUUCAGGGAAAUAACUAUAUUGUUUUUACUUUUUGGAAAAGUGUUAACACUUGAAAUAAAAUAUUCUGAU